GUUUUAAAUAAUUUUAUAUCCAAUAGAAAGAUUGCUAAAAGCCAUAAACCGUGAGAUUGAUUUGGUUUGUGGUUCGGCCAUGUUAUGACCCCCCCUCCUCUCUGCGGCUGCCGCGGCUCCACAGAACAACAAUGUCAGACACUGUACAACAGAGCACAAAACCCGAAGGCGGGGAUUCCUCUGCCAGUGACCCCGAAUAUAUUCGAUUGAAAGUAGUCGGUCAGGAUAACACAGAAAUUCAUUUUCGUGUAAGAAUGACUACAAAAAUGGAGAAGUUGAAGCGAUCAUACAGUGAACGGCAGGGUGUUCCAGUGACUUCUUUGAGAUUCUUAUUUGAUGGUCGAAGAAUUAAUGACGAUGAAACACCAAAGCAGCUUGAAAUGGAAGAUGAUGAUGUGAUAGAAGUGUACCAGGAACAAACUGGUGGUUGGUAGAUUAACUUGAGAUGAGGGAUCAUCACGCUGCCUUGUGUUGAACUGGUCCCCAUCCACUGUAUGUUUAAUAUUUGAGAAACUAGUAGUGGUGGUACUAGAAUGGAGUGGGCUGUCGAGUGUGGACGGAUAUACUUAUUUCUCUCCAUUUAACAUUUUAAUUUCUUUUUUUACUCCCUUUACCUUUCCCAACUUCUUUCUCACCUUUUUCUCCUCACCUUCCUCUUUCUCAUUUCUUUCUCUUUUUUUUUGUAUAUUAUUUUUUUUCUUUUUAAUAUCCUUCCCCCUUUUCCCUAAAAAGAAGAAGAAGAAAAAAAAGAACCUCUCUGCCCACCACUGCUGGUCUGUAAUAUAUUUACUUGUGGCUUGUUCCCUUCUGGGAUUGCAACAUCAAAACAACUGCAGCAACAGACUAUCAACUUCACACCAUCUCUCAUUAUCAUUAAAUAUAUAAAUUGAUACACACACACACACACACACACACGCAUAUAUGCACACACACACACACACGUGCACACACACACAUGCACACAAACAGCUCCCCUCUCUAUUAAGACUAAAAGUUUCACUGGUUAAAAUGGAUGUGAAUGUGUGCCCUUCAGACUCUCUUCCCCUUCCAGAAUGUUCCAAUUGAGAAGUUUAUCAAGAUAAAUUACAACACCAACAACAAUUGAGAAAGAGAACCCUGCAAAUCUUCAAAAGUUGUGAGAGGAGCCUUCAGGCAAGUGACUGGCAUAUAUAUAUAUAUGUAUUUAUAUAUAUAUAUAUAUAUAUAUAUAAUGCAUACACACCAGUUUGUCAGUUUACUAAGUUGUUCAGAAAUACUCCAGGUCUUCUCCAGAUUUCAGUGUUAUCUGUACAUGUUUUAGCUGCUUAAUGCGCUUUCCAGCAUAUAUAACUUGUACUUUGGCAUCAUUUUCUUUCACCCUUAAUGAUAAUGUUAAUGAUUAUGAAUAUUUAGGUAUUUUGCUACAUCUAUUAUUUAUUGCCAUGAUGACUGAUAAAUUUCAGUUUGUGAUGUUUAACUGUCAUUUUAAUCCCCAUUUAUUACUUAUGUUUUGAAUAUCAGGAUUAUCAAAAUUGGUAAAGCUGUGAUGAAAGAACAUAAUUGGAUUAUCAGGAGUGGUAGAAGUGAUGCUAACACUAAAGAAUGCUAUAUAAAAUGUUUACCAUUUACUUUCCUUCCUCUCAGAUCAACUUUACCUUUCAUCCCUCUAUUUGAUAAAAUAAGUACCAAUAAUAUCCGCGGGGGGGGGGGGUCAUUCCACUGACUAUAUCGUUACCCUACAAAAGAAUAUGACCUUGUACUUAGUAAAAAUACCCACUAUUAGACUCCUCAUCUUGGAUUUACAUCAAAUAAAACCAAUUCCAUUGAAAUGCCUAUGAAUGGCUUUUUAGGCUAUGUCCCUUAUAUUUAGUUUUAAACAAGGUUUAAAGUUAUGCUGGUCAGUGCCAUAGCAGCAGAUCUAGAACAUCAAUGUAAUAAGUUUUUCUCUAAUCUUUUUAUUUGCACUGUAAACUUAUCUCUAGUUUCUUUUCAAGUUCCAUGCUGACUUCUCUCUACUGACAAUAGAGUAAACAAACCUUCAUUUCUCUCGUUUACAAAAUCCACACAAUCCAUCUCAACUGAUCAGUUGAAGUUGUAUUGUUCACCAUUCUCAUUAGAUGCCUUACACAAAAUUACUUAAUUGCUAUAACAUUAGCUUAUGGAAGGGUUUGUCUCUUUGAUUUAGGUGCCAUAACAUAAAAUCGUCAGUGCAACCUUCAAGCCACGACCUUAAAUGUUAUUUGGUACACAAGAUCAAGUGAGCUCAACUGAAAGCAUUCCUUUUUUCUAGUAACCUGCUGUCCUUUGAGGAAAUGCAGCUGGAAGUUUUCUGGUUUUUUUUUUUUUGGUUUUUUUUUAGACUGGUCUCACUCCUAUCUGGAGAUGAGCUGGUGCUCAGGUAAUUUUUUAAUGAAUAUAUUGUCAUUAGUUGUAGGGAUCAAUCUGAUAUAAUUAACCUGCUGCUUUUUUUUUUCUAUUUAAACAUUGCUUUCUACUUAUGUCUACUGAAUGUAGUUUGAUAAUUGGCAACUCCCUUUAUUUCCUCAUGGAUUUUGUGACCAAGAUACCAUCUCCUCUAGUUUCAUUGUUGCUAAUAUAGUUUUAUAAUUAUACUAGAAUGUAUUAAUAUAAAAAGUGGCAACUAUUUAAUAAAGAAGUAUUUUAAUGUAAUUCCUUUUGAUGAUAAUCAUAAAACAUUUUCUUUUAUAUUUGUCUUCACUGUUUAUUUUUGGUUCUCACCAAUUGACUUGUUUGUUCCCACAGCUUUUGUCUUUAAAAUGGCUUUCAAAGAACUAAGCUUAUUUCUUUGCUCUAGCUCUCUUCUGUAAUUCUACUAUCCUCUGUUUCUAAUCCUAUUCGAGUAAAAGUAACAACUAUCUGAAUUUUUACUAGCCGAAAUUGGAACUUUUAAA